AUGGGCUACCUCUCCCGCAGAAGAUCAAGCUAUGCACUUAAGCAACACCAUGUCUUUCUCCCGGCAGUGGUUAAGUCACGAUCUCCACCGACUGAAUGUGACUUCAACCUUCAUAAGUCAAACUCGACCUACGUCACUGAUCUCGAUGUAUCGAGAGCGUAUCUCAGUGGGUUGCUAUUUUCGCCCAUCUUCUUGAUUUACAGAGAUUCGAUACAUUGCAACUUAAUCGUCAGCGCGAUUGCGUGCAUCUUUCACCGAGGAAUCAAGCAGUACCAACCGUACGAAGUCUGGACCAAAGUUGCGAGCUGGGAUGAUAAGUGGAUUUAUAUGGUCUCGCAUUUUGUCGCUAGUAGCAAACACUUGCCUAGACGCUACGUCAUGCAGGGGGAUGGUUCGAUCAAUAGCAAGAAAAUGGAAAAACCAGCACCUCCUGAGGAUGAACCACAUAAAAAUGUCUUUGCGUCUGCUGUGACUCGGAUGGUUUUCAAAAGAGGUCGGUUGACUGUACCUCCUCAGCGCGGUUUGGAAAUCUGUGGUAUCCUAUCGACCGAAUCCCCAACCGCAUCAUCUCAUACUGCCAACAGAGUCGAGGCAACAGAGUCAGCUAUCGAUUGCCCUGAGUGGACACUUGAAGAGAUCGAAUUUGCUAGACGGGCAAAUCUCUCGAUCGUGCGGCUUGAAAGGGGCUGGGAUGCUGUCCGUGGGCUCUUCCGACAAGAGCAGUUUGCGUUGGCAGAGUAUAAUGACUUCAUGUGGUGA